UGUUAUAGUCGAAGCACUUCAUUCCCAAACAAGCGACUUAUCUCAUGCUCAUAUCAUCAGCAAAUCAGCACAUCAUACCCAGAGAGCUGUAAAAGAUCGAAGGAGAUUACACUACGGUCGCAAUGGCAACAAGCACCAUCGCCACAAAUGCUGUAAAGUGUAGCACUACAAUGCUCUCGCUUUCUUCCUUAUGGAGAAUCAGGGCUCAUCGCUCCCUUUCAUCCUUUGUACCUCGCUCUUCUCUCAUUACUCAUUCCAAAUUCCCCAUUUUCUCCAUCUCAGUACCAUCCCAAGAAAGAAGAAGAAUCUUAUCUUCCUUCUCUUUCUUUUGCACCGCUUCUACUGAUGAAGCAGUUGCGGAAUCCGUCGCAACCAAUUCCGGCGAUGCUCCUGGUAACGGUGAAAUAAAUAUUAAGGACGCUGCCGGCUUGCUUGACAUAAGGGUUGGGCAAAUUCUCAGGGCGUGGAAGCACGAGGAAGCUGAUUCUCUUUAUGUGGAAGAGGUCGAUAUUGGUGAGCCAGAGCCCAGAAUUAUAUGCAGUGGCCUUGUCAAAUACAUUCCUCUUGACCACCUUCAGGGCAAAAAAGUAAUUGUGCUUUCCAAUUUGAAGCCAAGGAACAUGCGUGGGGUCAAGUCUUCCGGAAUGCUCAUGGCUGCUUCUGAUGCAAAGCAUGAAAAUGUUGAACUUCUUUUUCCUCCUGAGGAAGCAGCCCCUGGGGAAAGAAUAUGGUUUGGAUCAGAAGAUGAAAAGGAAAAUCAACCUGCUCCUGCCACUCCGAACCAGAUUCAGAAAAAGAAGACCUGGGAAUCGGUACAACCUCAUCUUAAGACAGAUGCUUCUUGUGUAGCAAUGCUUGGGGAGCAUGUAAUGCGGACAUCUGCUGGUGCAGUGGCAUGCCAAUCAUUGCAGAACGCAAAUAUUUCCUGAUUCUGUUGAUAAGCGUUUAUUUCUCACAGUGCAAUUUUGUUUGAUGUAUGUUCUUUUUUGGGUGGUGAACUAAUGUUCAUUGUGUAUGAACUGUAAUAUGAAUAUUGUUCAUGGUUAACGAGGAACUUCAGCAUCUCUUUGAAAAAAGAUGGCAAAUCUA